AUGUAUGUUCUUGAUGCAGCUCAAGCAAUAUAUAGUCAAAUAGAUGGACUUUUCAACGUGAUGACAAGAACAAUAGAACGUCGGUUUAUUCAUUUUGAUAAAAAGAUUGAGCGACUGGCACAAAGUAACUUCGAUGAUCAUUCGCUCGACUUAUUUCGAGAAAAAGAUGAAAUAUUUGAAUCUACUGUAAUUUAUGGAAAUGAGGAUUUGCUUCGUAUUCGUGCAAAAGAUUACGGUGAUUAUGGUCGUCUGUUACUACGUAAAUUGUAUAGCAAAAAGGAGCUGGCCGAACGUAUUUUACCUCCUGGUCAUCAACGUUAUACAAGACCACCUCUUGACAACGAUAGAUUUGAAUAUCUUCAUAGAGCAAUGGCUACUAAAUUUCGAUUAUCUAGUCUACACUAUGGUCAAUUUUAUACAAAACUACUUCGUCCUAAAUUGGCUGAUUUUCUCAUUGACGAACGAAAACGACAAAAUAAAGAAGCUCAAAUGAUGAUGAUUACAGAUUCAAAUGACAAUAGCAUUUCAUAA